GGUUCAUGUCGCUGUGGUCAUAUCGCGUGCCGGUUUCCCCGCCAUUCCCCUCGCCCGCUUCGACUUCCAACGGAUGACAGCCCGUCGUCACCACUCGGUCGCCCUUUUGGAUGCUGCCCGCUUCCCCAGUUGCGGACGACAUUCUGAGGAACUGGCAACGAGCUAAACUGAGAUGAAGAUAGAUGAGGCUGUGGAGGCUAAUUCUGCGACCACCGACUAAAAUACAACACAGGAAGUCAGGCUGUGUGACGUGAGGGAUCAAACAAAGAAACCACCGGCCAUUUCCACCAGCAUCCCCUGAUUUCCCCUGCAACUGGCCGUUAAUUCACUGGAUUUCUUACAGCUGGGUGGUGGGAAGGAGUUUCCCUCAUUAUUUGUCUCAAAACUUGCUGUAUCCAGCGUGGGGGUUUCCCCAGUCUUUGUUCGCCGACCGCCAUCAGGGGCCCAUGGCAGCAAGGGUCGGAACGCACUCACAUGGCCCCAUGGUACUCCUCCCGGAGAAUGUGGCCAGUCAACAUGGACACAAGACGUCGAUCUCUGCCACCUUGAUUUCUGAAGGGGGGCGCAGACACUCACAAUGUGCUGGCGGCGGGUGCGACAGACAACGUGAGCGCAUAGCACGGCUCACCAGCUGCAACUUUCUGACAUGCCCGCCACUCGAUCGGCACUCUUGGCAAGCAGGGAAUUUCUCCCCCCUCCUUCUUCCUCAUGAAGAGGUGAUUGAUUGUCUUGACAAAUGAUACACGGAAUAACCAGGAUGAGCCGAUUCAGAAUCGGUCCACUGAGGAAGCAGGUUUGAUUUCCAGGAGGGAACCUCCGGAUAGGCUGGACGGUCAUUGGACCGGCCACCUGUCAUGGCACCAAAAUGGGGCGUGGCUGUAACCCAUGCCUGGGAUGCAGACAAGUAAGGAAUCUCUCGUCUUUGAUCCCCCUUCUCAACGCAGGGCCAGCGUUGUCAAAUCUGGGCCAGGAGCGACUGGCUUUUCGCGUGGCAUGAGAUAGGGAUGUCUGUAUUUGAUCAGGUGCAGCAUUGAUAGCCAUUAAAGUUUAGGGGCCCAUUCUCACGGCGGAUUGGCCAGUCUCCGCGAGUCAGCGUGGCCAGUCCCGAAAAUAGCUCAUUCCUAUCGACGCGCGAUGCGGAGAGGAGGGGUCGAUUAGCAGUUGAUCAGCCGGGAUCCAGUUUUGCUGCUGUGCUUAUUCGCGCCGGUAUCCACCAACGACAUGCGAU